UGAAUCUUUCCUUUAAUUAUAGAACGAUCUUUCAUUAAUAAUUUAUGUUAAAAAUAUAAUAAUUUUAAUCAUUAACCUUCUAAAUGUAUUAACAAUUUUGAUAUUUACAAGGUAAUCAAAUUAUGUCAACCGAAGAAGCAAAUCGCAAUUCGACAUUACAAUCAUUAGAGGAAAGUGGUCAGUGUGUAACUAGUACGUCACAACAUGCAGGAAAUAGCAGGGAAUCAAAUACUACCAAACCUCAAGAACAAAGUAGUCGGCAAAAUAAUUUACAAAGAAUACAACAACGAAAACAACAGAUGUUAAAUUUACCACAAAUGAAAAAAAUAUUAAAAAUUGCAACUUAUAGUGCAUGUAAAGUUGAAGAUUGUAAAUGCAUUGGAUGGAAAAAUUCUCAACUAUUAACUAAGUCUUCUAAAAAUGAUUCACAGCAACCUGUUAUAAAUUUUUUUGAUCCCUGUAAAAGUUGUAAACAUGUUUUAGAAAAUCAUGUUUCACAUUUAACUAAUCAGUCAGAAGAAGAAAUUAAUAAGUUAUUGUGCAUGGUUAUAGACGCUGAUAAUAUUUUUCUAGGAUUACAGAAAGAAGAAGACCCUGACACAAAAAAGGUUUACUUUUAUUUAUAUAAACUUUUAAGAAAAUGUAUACAGUCAAUGACAAAACCUACAAUAGAAGGUCCCUUGGGACAACCACCUUUUGAACGACCUAGUAUAGCAAAAGCAGUAAUGAAUUUUGUUGCUUAUAAAUAUGGUCACUUACCACAAAGAGACAUGCAAGCAAUGUGUGAUAUGGCAAAGAUGUUUUUACAUUGUUUAAAUCAUUGGAAUUUUGAUCCACUCAGUGCUAGAAGAGGCACAAUUAGUGCAGAAGAAGCUCCUGCAUAUAAAAUUAAUCAUACUCGUUGGCUUGUAUUUUGUCACAUACCAGCUUUUUGUGAUUCAUUACCUCAUUAUGAUACAUCUCUAGUUUUUGGACGAACAUUUGUUCAAGCUGUUUUUAAACCAGUUUCAAGGCAGUUAUUAGAUAAAUGUCAUAGUGAACGAGAUAAAUUAGCACCAGAGAAAAGAGUAAUAGUCUUAACACAUUUUCCUAAAUUCUUAUCAAUGUUAGAAGCAGAAAUUUACUCAGAUAAUUCACCAAUCUGGGAUCCUGAUUUUAAACAAGUACCUCCUACUUAUUUACAAUCUGCAUUGGAAUCAAAAGUAAAUCAGGGAAGAAGAACAGGUGAAUUUGAGAAAGUCACAAUUCCUCCAAAUGAUAAAGACAAUUAUACAACCAUUAAUAUAAGUCCGGGCAUGAAGAAGAUUCAUGAAAAAAGAUCACAUUCCGAAGGCCGUUCAGAUGUAAAAAGAAGGAAAAACGAAGAAAGUUUUGAAGAUUUAUCAGAAGAAACAGUUGCAGAAAUUGUAGCAACCAUUAAUGAUCCUAAUUAUAUGUGUGGCCCUGAUGCGGUAUUUCCACCAAAUGUACCACGAGAUGAGACUGCUAAAAUUGAAGAAAGCAGAAAGAUUAUAGAAUUUCAUGUAGUUGGAAACAGUUUGACACAACCAGUUUCUAAACAAACAAUGCUUUGGCUAAUUGGAUUACAUAAUGUUUUCAGUCAUCAAUUGCCCAGAAUGCCAAAAGAGUAUAUAUCUCAACUUGUCUUUGACCCAAAACACAAAACACUAGCUUUAAUAAAAGAUGGUCGACCAAUUGGUGGUAUCUGUUUUCGAAUGUUUCCUACUCAAGGUUUUACAGAAAUAGUAUUUUGUGCAGUUACAAGUCAAGAACAAGUUAAAGGCUAUGGUACACAUUUGAUGAACAUGCUUAAAGAUUACCAUAUAAAAAAUAAUAUAUUACAUUUUCUUACAUUCGCGGAUGAAUUUGCAAUUGGAUAUUUCAAAAAGCAAGGCUUUAGUAAAGAUAUAAAAUUACCCCGAUCAAUGUAUCAAGGGUAUAUUAAGGAUUAUGAAGGUGCAACAUUAAUGCAUUGUGAAUUAAAUGCAAAAAUUGUAUAUACUGAAUUUACCGCCGUUAUACGGAAACAAAAAGAAAUUAUUAAAAAGUUAAUUCAUCAAAGACAGCAGGAAAUACAGAAAGUUCAUCCAGGGUUAACAUGUUUCAAAGAAGGUGUUAGAGGAAUUCCAGUGGAAUCUAUUCCUGGUAUUCGUGAAACUGGUUGGAAAAAUUAUGCUCAGACAAGAACAAGAGGAGUAGCUAAGGGAACUCAAGGUCCAGAACCAAUGGAAGCAUGCUUAGAUAUCACUGAUUCUUUGUAUAACGCGUUAAAAAAUGUUUUGAAUAGCGUAAAAAAUCAUAGUACAGCAUGGCCAUUUUUAAAGCCUGUAGAUAAGAAUGAUGUACCAGAUUAUUAUGAUCAUAUUAAAUAUCCGAUGGAUCUCAAAACUAUGACUGAUCGACUAAAAGCUAGAUAUUAUGUUACAAGAAGAUUAUUUAUUGCCGAUAUGACUCGAAUUUUCACUAAUUGUCGAUUGUAUAACAGUCCCGACACUGAGUAUUAUCGAUGUGCUAAUGCUUUAGAAAAAUAUUUUCAAACAAGAAUGAAAGAAAUUGGUCUUUGGGAUAAAUAA